GUAAUACACGUCAAUUGACAAAGUAAGGGAAGCACAGGCAGCGUGCGGAACAUUCACUGGAGACCUAUCGGGCAUGUCUGAUCAGGACAAGACAGUGAAGAUUUCAGCGGAAACAUGGUCAAAACUCCAGACAUUAUACCAGACUGAACUCAAAGACAUCGACCUCGUUGUAGAAGAGGCCGUGCAGGCUUAUCUGAAGAAUCUAGAAACUGGAUCGCUCUCUAAUGGCCAACCCCAAAAUGCUUUGCGGAGGCCCGAGGCCACAUUCAAGCCGCAGACGCACUUAAGACAAAUCCCAGUUGUUCCUGGCGAAGCUGCCGUGCUCUUCAUAGACGUGCAGAAUUACAACUGCCACAAGGAUGGAGCAGAGAUGCAGGGACUCCCACCGGACACACCGGUGGAUUACUGGUGGAAGAGGAUGGAGGAAACUGCUCCGAAGUGGGUGCAGCUGAGGGACACCUGCCGGGAAGCUGGCAUCGAAGUCAUGUACACAGUCAUCCAGUCCCUGACUGCUGACGGCCGUGACCAGUCUCUCGACUACAAAAUCUCUGGUUUCCAUGUGCCCCCUGGAUCCUUUGAUGCUGAGGUGCUGAAUUGCAUAGCACCUGGGCCGGAUGAGAUAGUGCUGCCCAAGACCUCAUCCAAUGUCUUUGCAUCCACAAACAUCGACUACAUUCUGCGCAGCCUGGGAGUCAAGUUUCUUAUUUUGGCGGGCUGCCUGACAGACCAGUGCGUGGAGAGCGCGGUGCGCGACGCAUGCGACAAGCAUUACUACGUCACCUUAGUCACAGAUGCAUGCGCCACGUUCAGUCAGGAGAGGCAUGACAAUUCUCUGCGCACCAUCAAUGGUUUCUGCAGGCAGCGUACUGUGCAGCAGCUUGCAGACGAGAUAGCACAGGCAAAGAAAUGACGGCAGCAACGCCUGACGAUGUGAGUAAUGGUUUACAUGCAUGUGCGCCAGCCGGUCGUUGCCGCUGCCGUUGUCAGUACUUAUGUGGGGGUGAUUAGUGGUGUUGUACUGGGUAUUAGUAAGCACAACUUCUCCGAAGCGAGGGUUCGAGGGAGAGACCUUGAGUGGGAGGAGAAUCGUCAAAAUGGAACAUUGAAAAGGUCCAAGUGGCUAUUUGCCAGGAGCUUCAAAGGAUGGAAGGAGCCUUGGACUGCUCUUACUGGGCGAGCAUCACAUGCAACACAACAGUAUAGGAGAGGCUAUGACGGGCAAAAUGUAAACUGUGAGUUCUUUGUAGGGGAGUCCAUAGCGCCUUGUGCCAUUGCACAUGCAACAUUAUUUGCAAACAAGUUGAGAGCCUGCAAAAUUGGAAUUUGUUCAGAGAUGUCUGUAUGGCAUUCAAUGUUCUCAGUGCAAGUUUCUGCAAUUGCAAGCUUGCAAGCUUGAAUUUAUGUUUCAGACCUGUUCGUUUUUCCAAAGGGGCAGGACGAGGCUGUCAUGGCAAUUUGUCCGGAGUGGCCUCACGUCACAAAUAUCAAGGCAUAGCCUGCAGAGCGACUCUUUGAUGUGACCCACUGUGGCACUGGGAACCCUUGAAACUGCAGUAGCAAGCUU